AUGAAUUGCACCAUAGUCUUACUGCUGUUCACACUUAUAUUCUCCAUGCACUUCACUGAAGCUUCUCAUCCUCACAGACGCCAUAUGAAUGUAUCACAUGUUGCCAAAGGUAAAUUUAUGACAUUUUAGGCUUUUUUAUAUCAUAUUGUUACAAAAGUCAAAUUUUUCAAAAAUUUUCGUUUUUUUAGAAAAAUGUGUCAUGAUGACAUAUUUUUUAAAUUUAUGACAUUUUUAGGCCUACCUGUGUUAUAUUGUCCUAAUAACAGUAUUUUUAAAGUUUUUUUGGUUUUGAAAAAUUGUGUCAUGAUGACAUAUUUUUUAAAUUUAUGACACUUUUGAACUUAUGACUUUUUUUAAAACUUCAUGAUUGUCUUAUGGUAAAACAAGAUAAUUAGGUCAAUAAAUUAGGCUAAAAGUUUUUAAUUCAGAAUCCAUAUCAAGAAAGCUGCUGGACACCCUAUUUGUAUCGUAUGAUAAGCGUAUUCGACCGUACGCUGAUAAAAGAUCGGCCGUCCGAGUACAUAUGACUAUUGUACUUGGCAUUCUAAUUGAAAUGGUAGGUAGCAUUUUGUGUCCAUUUUUUGUGAAAUACGUUGUUUUUUGAUAUGAUAUACACAGUAAUGUAAACUAAUUUCAGCGUGAAAACGAACAAGUUGCAGCUUAUGUCAUAUCACAUAUACAGGUAAAAUACGACGUGAUUUGUUUGACUUUUUUUUAAAAAACGUUGCAAAAUCUAAAUUUUAUAACAUCAAGUUUAGAGACUACUGUAAAAAAAUUAAAUUUUAGCGUUGGCACGAUCCUAAGCUAACAUGGGACCCCGCAGAGUAUAAUGGUACUAAAGAGAUGAUCAUACCUCAGUCAAUGCUAUGGUUACCUAAAAUGUUUGUAUAUAAUAGGUAGGAUAUCCUUGCCUUGCCUUGCGCUAGCCUUGCCCUGGCCUUGCCCUGGCCUUGCCCUGGCUGCCCUGGCCUUGCCCUGGCCUUGCCCUGGCCUUGCCCUGGCCUUGCCCUGGCCUUGCCCUGGCCUUGCCCUGGCCUUGCCCUGGCCUUGCCCUGGCCUUGCCCUGGCCUUGCCCUGGCCUUGCCCUGGCCUUGCCCUGGCCUUGCCCUGGCCUUGCCCUGGCCUUGCCCUGGCCUUGCCCUGGCCUUGCCCUGGCCUUGCCCUGGCCUUGCCCUGGCCUUGCCCUGGCCUUGCCCUGGCCUUGCCCUGGCCUUGCCCUGGCCUUGCCCUGGCCUUGCCCUGGCCUUGCCCUGGCCUUGCCCUGGCCUUGCCCUGGCCUUGCCCUGGCCUUGCCCUGGCCUUGCCCUGGCCUUGCCCUGGCCUUGCCCUGGCCUUGCCCUGGACUUGCCCUGGCCUUGCCCUGGCCUUGCCCUGGCCUUGCCCUGGCCUUGCCCUGGCCUUGCCCUGGACUUGCUUUGGCCUCCGUACUCGACCUUACCCUACAAAACCUUGUUACGUACCGCACUCUGUCUUACUAUUACCUACAACCUAUUUCAGUAUGGACACAAAAGACAUGUUAUCAGAUGACAAAUACGACGUCCGAGUACAAUCUGAUGGCAGAGUAAAAAUCAACAUUCCCCAGUACGUGACCUGUAUAUGCCGGUUGUAUAUAGAACAGUUUCCAUUUGAUACACAAUACUGUGCUGUGGCAUUAGCAUCACCAUUACUUACUAUUGAAGAGAUGGAUGUCUAUUCACAUCCACCACCUAAAGACUCAUAUUUUGCGGGUAACGCCGAAUGGCACUUGACUAACGUAUCAGUACGGCACAUGAGCUUCAGAGAGGAGGGAGAGUAUCGGGCAGAGGUAAGAUUUUUUUUUAUUUUUUAAAUUUUUUUAAAAAUUUAAAAUUUAAAAAAAAAAAUUUUAAUUUUAAAAAUUUUAAUUUUUUUUUAAUAUUUAUGAAAAUGCACUUUAAAAUUUCAGGUUCAUUACAUCUUCCAGCUAAGGCGACGACCAAUUUUCUACAUUACAGUAAUCGUCGUACCAAUAUUUUUGAUUUCAGCAUUGAGUAUAUUAGGUAUUUUCACUCCUAGUGCUGAUAAUGGCCCGAGAAACGAAAAGGUACAAUAUUUUUAUUUAUAAAUCGUAUUUUAUAAAAAAUUUUUAAAUUUAAAAAAAAUGUCAAGAACUUUCUUUACAAAACAAAAAAUGGCAAGAACUUUCUUUACAAAACAAAAAGUAGCAAGAACUUUCUUUACACAUCAAAAAAAAGCAAACAAUUUCUUUACAAAUCAUAAUAACGUUCCUAUCGCAUAACAUGUCACUUUUAAUCCGCAAAGUUUCAACCUUUAAUGAUUUGUUACCUAAAAAUCAAUUUUUCAAAAAAAAAUUUAAAAAUAAAAAAAAAAUUUUUUGAAAUUUUAAAAUUUUAAAAACAAAGUUCAAAAAUUUUGGCAAAGCUAAAAAAUCGUUUUAAACUUUCAAUUUUCAGGUAUCCCUUGGCCUAGGCAGUUUACUAUCAAUGACAGUAAUUCUCGGUAUCUUGGCUAGUGCCAUGCCCAAAAGUAACUCCAUCCCCCUCCUUGGCUACUACAUUCUAGUAGUAAUCAUACUCUGCGCCGUCGCCGUCGGUCUUUCAAUGUGCUUUCUCACGAUGAGUCGAAAACUGGUCGAACGUUCCCGAGUACCAUCUCAGUUCACCUACCGUACCAUGUUUCUACAGCCAAAGAACUUUACGGUAAAAAGCGUGCCACGCCACUCGAUAUUCAGGCCGUCGUUAUCACUGGUCGUGAAUAAUAUUAACGGUGUGAAUCAGAAUGGCACGGCGAAUGGGUCGAUUAAAGGACAGCCGGAGAAUAAGCAUAACAUUGACAUUAGUCUACUGAAACAUGAAAUCAUACGAGAUCCGCUGGUGAGGCAGAGUAAUAGUGUUGAUACUCCGGAUAAUACGUAAGUAGGGGUUGGUAGGAGUAAGAAAAAAACCGAAUAAAAGAAAAAAUGAGGGGGGAGGGGGGUGAAAGAAGAGUAAUUUUUUGAUGAAGUUUUUUUUAUUGAAAAUACCUUACAUUUAAAAAAUUUUUUUUGAAGUGUGGGGUAAAAAAAAAUUUUUUUUUCAAUUAGGGGUAGAUUUUUAAAAAUUGUGGGGUGAAAGAAUUUUGAAUUUUUAUUUUUCUACAAGGGCAGUUUUUUAAAUUUUAAAAAUGAUUUUUUUGUGUUUUUAGAAGCAUUGGAUCAGGAACAACAAGAUUUCAAUUCGACGACUUGAACAAAAUUUAUCGACUGGUAAAAUAUUUGGCCGAAGAAAACCGAUCAUUAAAAAGAAAACAGGAAAGGAAGAAGUUGAGAGAUAUGGUAAGCCUAGCAUAAUGCAAAAAGUAAAUUUUACACUAGGCUAGGAUGAGGUACAAUAGAAAUGGGUAGAAUAAAGUAACGCGUAAAAGGGUAGGGUACGGUAAAGCAAGGUACGAUAAGAUAGGCAAAGAUGGAAUAGGGCAAGGCAGGCAGGGUAAAGGCAAGGCAAAGGCAAGGCAAAGGCAGGGCAAAGGCAGGGCAAAGGCAGGGCAAAAGCAGGGCAAAGGCAAGGCAAAGGCAGGGCAAAAAGGCAAGAUAGAGCAUCACAUUUUUUAAAAUUUAUAUAGGGUAGGGUAGGGUAAAAAAUUUGUCUAUAAUUUAUAUUUUCAGAUAGAAAAAGAAUGGGCGAGAGUGUUCAGUAGACUGGACUACAUUUUGUUGACUAUAUUUCAAUCACUGAAUGCUGUAGCACUGCUAUUCUUUCUUCAAUUCGCUUGGGUUGCUCCGCCGCCAAUUCGUGAACCAUUGGUAUAA